UCAACAAAUGUGUCUCCACUGUUACUAGAAAAAGGGUUAGGUUUUCUCUUUUAAGCUUCUGAAAUAUUUGCUUUUUAGUCACAAAAACUUUGAUAAAGUCUUGUAUUUUUUUUUACAUAGUUUGCUAAAUUUUAUUUUAUGGGACCCAUGCGCACGCCAGGUUUUUUCUGUUUUUUAGGGCAUCCCUCGUUCUGUACCCAGACCCAGACCUGCAAUUUUUUAGUAUGCGAAAAGGUCUGCGCACAUGGUCACAUGGAUACAAAACAGAAAAAGAAUAUGUUGCUUGCGCCUGUGUUUGCGCCACUCAAGAUAAAUUCUGGUACUAAUUAAGUUAAUUGGUUAACUCUGGAAAAGAUACUUUCGAUUUUCAAUGUUAACGCUCGUCUUUAGACAAACAGCAAGCAUUUAAAAACAAAACAUCAGACGUCCAUGACAAGUGUACACAAAAAGUCAAAACAUGAUGCUUCGCUAAGUGUAAUAUCAUUAUUGACGUAGAGAGAAAAACAUGAGAGGCGACAAGAAAAGUUGUACUCCAUGGAUCAUAUGGCUUCGUAUCUGCAAAGCGAUAAACAACUUUAUAGAACGCUUAUUCGAAUCCCACGCACGAUUUGUAACCAAACACUUCCGUUUAGUAAUCGCAGUGAGUUUGUUGCUGGUGAUUCUGUUAGCGCUUGGAGCAAUCCGAAUCAAUCCGAUAUCAAGAAAUGAGGAGUUAUUUAUUCCGCAGGGUAGUCAUGCGUUCAAAGAUUUAGAUAAAGGCGAAGAAUUUUUCCAACUCAAAUUUCGAACUGAAGAAUUUAUUGUGAUGCCUGAUCGAAGUGAAACGAAUAUUUUGAACAGCAAUGUGAUUUUUUCGAAAGCUUUAGAACUUCACGAGAAGAUCAUAGCAACACGUGAUUUUCAAGAUAUAUGUGUUAAUGUAGACAAUUCUAGCGGUGGGUGUCUUUUUUUAAGCCCACUGGAAGUGUUCGGUUAUAAUACGUCAUUGAUUCAAGCUGCUAAUUCUACCGUAAUUAAAGCCACUAUGAAUAAAUGGUUACACAAGCCGCAAUGGCUGUUCCGCAACGGUCGCCCCGCGGCUUUAAAUUUCGAAAACUUAUUGGGCAACUACAACGGCACUGGUUUGUCUGUUAAUUCUGCGAACGCGGUUAGGAUGGUGUACUAUGUUAAAUAUGUGAAUACGGACGACGCUGACUACGAUAACGUGCUGGCGUGGGAGAAAACCUUUUUAGAUGUGUGCGAAAAAUACACAGAUAACUUUUCUAAGGAUGGUAUUAAUUUGUUUUACUUUUCCGCCAGGACGCGCGAUGAUGCGAUACUAGAGAGCACACUUGGUGAUCUGCCAUUGUUUAGUGUUGCGUUCAUACUAAUGAUUGGCUUCUGCUUGUCUGUAUUUUUACGAAUUAAAAACCCAGUCACUGGCCACUUGUUGAUCGGGAUUGCUGGCAUCUUUGUUAUUGUUCUUGGUGUAGGCUGUGGAUUCGGCUUAGCUAUGUGGGUGGGUACGAAUUUUGUUGCGAUAACAGGAAUUCUGAUGUUUCUUGUGUUGGGUAUAGGUAUGGAUAAUUUGUUUAUCAUCGUUGAUGCGAUGGACAAUACCGACCCUAAUAUAAGAGGACCAGAGCGAUUGGUGGUUGCCAUGAAACACGUGGGCGGUUCUAUCACUAUGACAACAACGACAGACUUAGUGGCUUUCGCCGUUUCCACCGUCAGUGCUUUUCCAGCUAUUCACUACUUUUGUGUUUACGCCGCCCUGUCUAUCUUUUUCGCAUACGCUGCUGUUAUCACUUUAUUUCUGGCCUUGCUGACGGCCGACAUACUGAGAGUCGAAAAUGGGAGAAAAGAUAUUUGUCCGUGUUACGAAGUGAAGGAUCACGACAAGACUAAUCCGUGGUUAAACCAGACAGAAAAGCUUUCUCGGAAGUACCUUAUCAAAUGGGCACGGUUGAUCAUGAAAACUCCGGUGAAAGUAAUCGUCUUCGUAUGCGCAUGCGCGUUUUUAGCUGCUGGUAUUUACGGCACCACACAAAUUUCGCAAAAGUUUCAUUGGAAGAAGAUAGCUACGGACGGCUCGUACUUUAGAAAGUUUGCCGAUACGCGAGAUCUGAUCUUUCCGUCCGGUUACGACGUUUCCGUUAUUGUUCCGCCGAAAACUAAUUAUUCGUCACCAAUUGUUAGAGCCGAGAUGCGGAAAUUGGACCGAAUUGCUUGCGAGAAUUCUCGCUACUUAAACAAAACUAUGAAUUGGUUGACAGCAUACGAGGAAUGGCUUCGACUUGUUCCGAACACGACGUUUGAUCAAAAUAUAACAGGUUUUUUAAGCAGUGCGCCCAUGUAUAAAGCGGAUGUCACGUUCGAACAUGGUCAAAUUCACGCUACACGUGUUAUUUUCUUCUACGAGAACGACAAUGACGCUAUAAAUCAAGCUGAAGCCAUGAAAACCAUUCGAACUGACUUAGAAGAGAAAUCAAAAUUGAACAGCGUCUUCCCAAUAUCCAUCAUGUUUAUCUACGCCGAACAAUUCGCUGCCAUUCUUAACGAUACCAUCCGAAAUUUAGCUAUUUGCGCCGGUACGAUUUUACUGAUCACGUUACCGUAUCUAACACAUCCAGGCAUCACUGUUAUGGUUUGUUUGAGUUUUGUUAGCUUGUUAUUUGAGUUACUCGGUUUGAUGUCUGCGUGGAACGUCUCAUUGGACGCAAUUGCUAUGAUGGUUAUAAUCACUGCUAUUGGCUUCUCCGUUGAUUACACUUGUCAUAUCGCUCACGCAUACACUAUAUCACAAAAAGACACACCGGAGGAGAGAGUGGUGGAAGCGUUAGGAACGAUGGGAAAUAGUGUUCUCAACGGAGGAGUUAGCACAUUUCUUGGUAUGCUAGUAACUGCGUUUUCUGCUGCCGAGGGGUUCCGUAUUUUCUUCAAAAUGGUGUUUGGUAUUGUACUGCUCGGCUUGAUACAUGGUCUCAUAUUUCUACCAGUGCUACUGUCAAUAUUCGUGAGGCAUGAUUUAAGAGAAGAUAUGAAAAUAUUGAUUGACCAAGCUGGCUCAUCACACCACACAAGACCAAGUGUUGUUUCACCCUCCCAAUCUUCUGAUCCGAACCCUGCUGAAAACACAAAAGAUGAAGUAGAGAUGAAACAGAUAAAACGAGAAGGAGAGCAUAAUGAGAAGGCUGGAUCUACUGAAGUACUGCCAACAACGUCACAAUCUCCAUUUCUUGGCUCGCCUAAUUCUGCAUAUGAAAUUGAGUAUGUUGUAAAAGAAAAAUAAAUAAAUUAAAAUGGUUUUUAUUUGUAUUUAGUAUUUAGAGUUUUUAAUUUAUCUAGAGUUUUAGACUGUGUUUACUGUCCCUAGGAUGGAUUUCCACGAAGAGAAUUGGACAGCGAAAUGUAUCUGAGGUUUUGUUUGUUUUGAUUUCCCUUUGAAACAUUUUUUACUUUUUAGCGGUGAAUUAUUUUGCUGUGAACUGAGUGUUCCCAUUUAACCUUUUUUCAUUUUCUCUACGUGUUUUUGUAUUCCGUGAAAAUCAAGAAGGUAAUUGCGCAGUGAAUUCGCCAUUCAUAAUUCGUCAGUCACAAUUCGCCAUUCACAGUUCGCCAGUCACAAUUCGCCAGUCACAAUUCGCCAUUCACAAUUCACCAUUCACAAUUCGCCAGUCGCAAUUCGCCAGUCACAAUUCGCCAUUCACAAUUCGCCAUUCACAAUUCACCAUUCACAAUUCGUCAUUUAAAUUUCGGCUCGUAAAAAUAAAUUCACCGUAAUAACUGGGAAUUAGAAAAACAUUCUGCAUUUGUUCAGAUUUUCUUCAUUUCAUAGGUCAUGUUUUCGGACAGUAAAAGUAUUAGAGAUAGCUGAAAUCUGCGUAGCGGUCAUUAGAUUUUUAUGUAUAUAUAGAUAUGAAUGUUGUUGUUUUUAUCGAUGAAGAUUAAGCCUACUCAAAAUAUAAUGUCUGGUGUUUUAUCGAGAAACGCCAUCUAAGA